AUGAAGCCACUGGGCCAGACUGCUUUCUGUCCUGCAGUUUAUUCCAAGGAGGAAGAAUGUUCCUAUGAGAGCCUUCUAGCUGAGAUAGCUUUGAGUCUAAGGCAGAUGGCAGCCCUGGAAGUUACUGCUCAAUACUGCAUCCAGGAGCUGGAUCAGUAUGGCCAAUGUGUAGCAGCCAAGCCAGAGUUGUGGCAUCGAGAUUGUCACCCCCUUAAGAUGAGCAUUGCUCGCUGCACGUCCUCCCACCCCACCAUCCACCAGAACCUACAGGCCUGUGCUGAGCCGUUUGAAGCCUUUGAGGAGUGUCUUCACUUGAAUGAGGCAGCAGUUGGCAACUGUGUUAAACACGUAGGCCACUUCCUACAGUGUGCUGAUCAGGUGCAGCCACCAAGUUCACCCACAACUGGAGAGGCACAGCCCCUGCCUGCCUCCUGACAACCGCCUU